AUGACGAUCACUUCACCCUUUCAGUGUUUGGUCAGUCGUCUUGGCCAAAUGGCGUUGAAAGAAGCCUCAGAUCCAUCCCCACGAGCCCACUUUGAGCUAUUGCGAAUCAUCGACCAGUUGCGGUCUGCAGUGGAAACGCCGACAGAAACCGUGUUGCGUCUGAUUUACCAGCCUCCUCAGAAUGCCGCGUUGCGUGUUGUCAUUGAUUUGGGCAUCUUCACCAUGCUUGUGGAGAAGCGCCACAGAGGAACAGGACUCUCAGCCGCUCAGCUGGCAGAGUACACGGGCGCGGAGCAGGAUCUAAUUGUCCGAUUGAUGCGCGUUAUGGCUUCUCUUGGGCUGUGCAUCACACCGACCCCCGAGCUCUAUGUCGCCAAUGAGAAGACCGUGGCACUGACUCAGCCGAUUGGGAGAGAUGGGAUCCCGUGCAUUUAUGAUCUGACCUUUCCAACCUUGAGUAAACUCCCAGAGUACUUGCGCUCUCAUGCCUAUGCCAACCCCCAGGAUUAUUCUCAGUCACCUAUGCAAUGGGCCGUUGGACAGAGCCAGUUUGAGUGGCUUUCAAGUCACCCGGAGCAUCAGGAGCUCUUCAACUCGUACAUGGCCAGCCGUCGCGAGGGCAAACCCAUGUGGUACAAUAUAUACCCUGUCGAGCGACUGUUCGGCCAUGCCGUGCCAUACAAAGAUACCGUCUUCCUGGUAGACAUCGGUGGCAACCAGGGACAUGAUCUAGUAAAAUUCCGCCGGGAAUAUGGUCAUCUGCCGGGCAAAAUGGUGCUGCAGGAUUUACCAAGCGUGGUUGAGAAGGUCGACAGCGACGGCGCAGGAAUCGAGGUGAUGGGAUACAAUUUCAUGGAUCCUCAACCCGUCAAAGGUGCCCGUGCCUACUACUUCCGUUCCAUCUUCCAUGAUUGGGAUGAUGAAAUCAGUCGAAAGAUCCUCCAAAAUACAGUGUCAGUGAUGGCGCCAGACUAUUCUCGAAUUCUUAUUGUGGAUUUCGUCCUGCCAGACACCGAUACACCGCUGAUGCAGGCUUCGCUGGAUAUUCAGAUGAUGAGCAUAGGAGCUGGUGUUGAACGGUCGGAACGACAGUGGAGAGAUCUCUUGCAUAGCGCGGGGCUGGAGAUCACGGGAAUUUGGAACCAGAGCCCCGCGAUGGAGUCAGUGAUUGAAGCAGUGCCGAUGUUGAGAUAG